CCCUCACUCCUGCUCACUCCCGAGGUCGUUAUCGGCUGAUCACUUGUGAAUUUGUGUGAAUUAUUAUACGACUAAAUCUUUAUUUCGUGUUUUUUCGAAAGCAACAAAAAUGCGUCUGACAGCAUAUCUCAUGCACAAAGUGGGUGAUUUGACAAAACAAUAUGCCAACUUACCAGAGAGGUUUAUUGACCGUCAAGUAAACAAGGUUUAUUACAAAACACCCCGUGGAUUCCAAUUCUUGAAUCGCACCAUCAAACGAAAAAACUUUCGAUUCACAACAAAUCCUCCAUGGACUGUGCAAUCAACUUUUCAAAAUGACGUUAACACGUACCGCAAGAAAGUUUUCGUAGAGCCAUUGGUAGAUUGGAACUACUACAGAGGGGAUAGAGUAGAAAUACUUGUUGGACGUGACAAAGGAAAGCAAGGAAUUGUGAAUCAAGUAAUACAGGAGAGAAAUUGGGUAAUUGUGGAAGGGUUGAAUACACACCUCAGACGUGUGGGGAAGUCCAAAGACUACCCUGGAACCGUAAUACAGAGCGAAGCUCCUCUCCUAGUAACUACCGAUGUUGAUCUGGUCGAUCCAAGUGAUUUACAAGCCUGUAAAGUAGAAUGGCGAUACACAGAGGAGGGCGAACGGGUCAGAGUCUCUACCAGAACCGGUAGAAUAAUUCCUAUUCCAGGAAAGACCUUGGAAACUGUUGACUAUAAACUACCGCGAUUGUAUAAAGCAGCACCAAAGGAUACCGAAGAAAAAGAAGUGAAGAAAAUAACGUUUGAGCCAGAACUAAAAACUUUUGAAAUGGAUGUGAUGGAUAAAAUGGGCAUAAAGGAAGACCGCGUACGCAAACCUGUGUAUUGGUAUUGAUGUAGUAAACGUUAUUCAGCCCCUGUAAUAUUUAUGUAUAAUAAAGAUAUUUGGUUAUAA